AUGGCUACACUUGUUGACUCAAAGUCAUUUGCUGGUGUUGCAGUUGUUGCAGGUGUUGCAGUUGUUGUAGUUGUUGCAGGUGUUGGAGGUGUUGGAGGUGUUGCAGGUGUUGGAGGUGUUGCAGGUGGUGGAGGUUUUGGGGCUGUUGGAGGUGUUGGUGGUGUUGGGGGUGCUGGAGGUGUUGGCGGUGUUGGGGGUGUUGGAGGUGUUGGAUAUGUUGGGGGUGUUGGGGGUGUUGGCGGUGUUGGAGGUGUUGAAGGUGUUGGAGGUGUUGGGGGUGUUGGAGGCGUUGAGGGUGUUGGGGGUGUGGGCGGUGUAGCGGGUGUUGGAGGUGUUGGGGGUGUUGGUGGUGUUGGAGUUGUUGGUGGUGUUAUAAAGGAAUUCUACCCAUGGAAUGCAAGGAAACUGCAGAUCUGCUGUUAUUAA